AUGGGUUUUGUAGAUGGCACCAUUAAAAGAUCCUCUACAAAUAGUGCAAAUGGGAAAGCAUGGGAUAGAGUUAACAAUAUGGUGUUGGGAUGGCUCCUUAAUGUUGUAGAUGAAAGAAUAUAUCAAAGUGUGUUAUUCUUCAAAACUGCUAAAGAAGUUUGGGAUAACUUUGAACAACGUUUUGGGCAGUCCUCUUUAGCCCAAUUGUUUACUAUACAUGAAGCUAUUAGUAAGGCUAUACAAACACUUGAUAUGUCCAUUGAGGAAUUUUUCACCAAGAUGAAAAGUUUAUGGGAUGAAAUUGAUGCUCUAGAUCCCAUUGCCACAUGUUGUUGCUCAGGAUGUACAUGUGAAUUGACUAAAAAAACUCAAAAAAGUCAACUAGCUGGGAGGCUCAUACAAUUCUUGAUGAAAUUGGAUGCAAAAUACCAACACACAAGGAGUAAUAUACUCAUGAUGAAGGAGAUGCCCACUGCUUGUGAAGCAUAUAGAAUCUUGAUACGUGAAAAAACUCAUUAA